UUAUCCCGCAGGACAGUGACGUCCUCGGGCAUAUCGGCUGUACAGGUGGUUAAACCACAGCCUUCCAAAUAUUCAGGAAUAUCCUGUUCCUUCAUGUAAAAGGUCGGAAGACUGUCUUCGAGGUCCUCACGGUCCCUCUUCACCUCGGACAAACACACUGUUGAAAUGUUACCCACACCUGUCCAGUAUUUGUUUGACUUUUUCAUAACCUAAUCACUAUCGCAACUACAAUGACUUUGCAAAUAUCUUGAUGUACUUCUACGACAUCAUAUACUUUUUAUAAAAUUUCGUACUUUACAAUUAUUGACAUAUCGAUGUCACUCACUAUACGCAGCGCAAACGCGAAACGGCUGAUAGAGGACUCGACGAACAAUGAAUGCUUAGCAUUGUUCCAAAACACAACUAAAGAUUAUCUGCCGUUCUGCUCCAUAACUAUACAUACACAAUUUUUUUUAAACGUAGAUUUAUUACAUUUCAUUUUCAAACACAUCUAUAACAUAUAUAUAUUUUUAUUAUCAAAUCCAUAUAAUGGAAGUUGAAAAUGUUUGAAAUUUUGUAUUUAAAAAUUCCUGUUUUUUUUACUAAUAUAAAGUCCCUAGUAACUUAGAUCUUUGUUGAGAGACAUUUCGUGUAUUUUUGAACGCAAGAUUUUAAGAAGCGUUUGAAAUUCCAAUUUAAAUAUUUGUAAUAUACUGUUUCAAGUAGAAUGAGAAAAUUAUAAGUUUGGCUCAAAGAAAUAAGUACAUAUCCUUAUAAAUGAAUAUUGUGAUUAUUAAAUUUCAAAUAACUGUCAAAAAUGAACGAAGUUGAAAUAUUAAGGAAAAUAUUAAAUCCGUCUAUAAAAAUAAGUAAACUUUGUUUAUCAUAUGUGACUCUACUUUUUCCUGAAUAUAAAAAUUCUCCUUGUAUUAUUUUAUAUCAACAGGGAUAUACAGAAUUUAGUAAUAAUCAUUUAGAACAUAGUGAUGACAAUCAAAUAAAUACUUCAGAAUUUGAUAUUACUGGAUCACCUCUAAAAUAUUCUUUUGAGAAAAUUGAUUUUGAGGAUAGCAUUAUUUUAGUAAAAAAAAGUUGGUACAAAGAGGAAGAAAAAUAUUUACCAUUAAGCAGAACGGAAGCAUGUAAUGCUUUAAAUGCAUGCAUCAAGUUUACUGCAAAUAAUUUACCUCCAAUAUUUGCACUUUGCGAUGGAAAUGAUAAUAAACGAAGUAGAUUAUUAGGUGCAAGUAUUCAGGAAAAAUGGUUUACUACAAUUGAAGUUUGUUCAGCUAAUAAUGAAACUUUUGAAACUAUUGAAGAAUCAUCAUUAUUGUUUCUUCAGCAACAUUUGAAAUUUUCACGUGCACAAGAGCAUAAUGUUACUAUAUCUGCAUUUAACACUUUUGAUAUAUGUGGGACAAGAGAAGAAUUGAUAAAUUGGGAUGAAAAUGUAAAAAGCAACUUUGAAGGUAGUUUAAGUAUAGAAGUGGAUACUUCCAAUUUGUCAUUGUAUCCACCCUCAAGAGCAACAAAGAAUGUUUUGGUGGCUCAAGUAGUAACAGGAUCAAAUAAUAGUCCUUUGAAAGAUUUAUGGAUUCAAUUGCUACUAUUAAAUCAGUAUUUGAAUAUAGUAGAUGAUUAUAAACAAAACAUAAAUUCUCCUUAUACUCCGUCACCUCUGAAAUUUCCCAAAGAUUUCACCAGUCCAUACAUAGAAGAAUACAAAGGAAUAGUGGAAAAUAUAUAUCUAUUGCUAAAUGGAGAUUACAGUUAUAGAGGUUUCGACAAUACUGAUGCAAAUAAAACCAAUUUUGUAGAUGAAGAAAAUGUAGAGAAUAGUGUAAAAAUUAAACAAUGUUUAAAGAAUCUUCCAUUUAGAUAUAAUUUAGAUCUUACUGACUUUUUAUGGGAAUUACUGAUUAAGAAUCCAAAUCACUUUGAAAUGACAAAAUGUAUACAUACUGUUUUGGAAGAAAUUAUAAUGAAUGAAUGUUUUGCACAGGUAAAUUCAACAAAUUCAACAAGAUUUGCUAAAAUUAUCACUGAUUCGAAUCAGCAUAAAAUAAUUUCACAUUUACUAUCAGGUAGUUUACCAUUAGAAUAUGUCAUAGACAUGGGCUUUGAAAAAUUAUGUAAAGAUUAUAUAUAUAUUUUAAUGAGCUCAAGAUUUUGUGAUUUGCACGAUAUCCAAGAAAAAUUAGAAAAUGUUUCACAUGGUGAAUUUACAGUUGAUAUCUACAGGAAAAAACUAAUAUGUUUAGCACAGAUUCAUGUGUGUUUAGAAUUUAUGUUACUAUUACAAGACAAUUUAGAAUGUUGUACAAGUGAUUUAAGGUCUUUAUUUCAAUGUGCUUUUAAACAAUACGUUUGUGAAAACUCGCCUGUACAGAAUUAUAAUUUAAAUCAAAAUAUAAUUUAUAAUUUAAAGGCUCCACUUCCAGUUUCGACAAUUAAUAAUUUAAAUAAAGAGAUUCCUACUGCACGAAGAGUUUCACUUUCAUCCCAGUCAAGUUUAUCAAAAUUAACAACUAUUAAAUAUUAUAGUCAAAUACCCAUAUUUCCAACAAGCAUAUAUUCAUUAGAUGACUCAAAUACUACACAUGGACUAUACUAUGUUACAAGUGUUAUUUGUUCAUCUAAUAAAUUUAAAUGAAGUUUAUAUCUUGUGUAAAACUGCCACUAAGCACGUUAACACAGAAUUCAAGUUGAUACAAUUUCGAACAAUACACGAGACGAUAAACAUAUAUUUUAGGUAUUUAGAAUAAUAAAAACAUCUUGCGAGGUAAUUACAUGUUUAAUUCAUAAUUAAUAAAAUAAAAAUUAUAAAAGCAUUCUUCAAAUACAUUAAAUGUAUUUAGUGUAUAAAUAUAACUAGAUUUAUGAGUGUUUGUACUCUCAGUCAUUGAUAAUGUACACUCCAAUUCGCUAUUAGUCAUUACUUUCACUGACCUAAACCUCGUUAAAUAUAUUUAUACAUAUUAUAUAUAUAUAUAUUAUAUUAUAUUAUAUUAUAUAAUAUGCAUUAUCAUUUUCAAUUCAAACUACUUUUUAAUGUACAAAUAUAUAUGCAAAGUAUGUUAUAUCCAGUAAAAUAUGUGGUCAAAUUUCUUAUGAAAUUUAUAGCCAACAUUAAAAAGGACAUACACUGUUACAUACAAUGUAAAUCUUCUUUAACAUAGUAUAGAAUGCUACUCUAUAGAAGUAGACUAUUCCGUAUUUAAAAUUCCGUUUAACAUACUUUGGUUGUCUUUCUGAGUAUCAGUACUGUUAAUGAAAAAAGUUAUAUCAACUAUAAGCUAUUAAUCGAAGCAUGGCUUCACAUGCAAUAAGUACGUGACGUGAACAGUUUUAAUACUGUGACGUUUCUGCGUCAUCUACUCCAGAAACACUAGCUUGUUCUAGAACUUCGAGAAGCUUUUGCAUUUCCAUAGAAUCCGACGAAUUGUCAAGUGUUCUUUCAAGAGCUCGUACAUAUGACAUACACGUACGUCCUUCGUGAUCUAAAUUAUGUGGAUUUGCUUUAUGCUGUAAUGGUUUAAUAAAUGUACUGACACAUUAUAUCUUCUUAUAAUAUUUAUGUACUAUACUGGGAUAAAAAGAAUCACACACACCCAUAUCAAUAGUUGUGCCAUAGCUAAGUUUCCUGUGGCACAAGCCAAAUGGAGCGGUGUCCUUAAAUCUUCCAUACUAACAGACAUAUUAAUAUCUUCGUAACUACAUCUGGCCAAGCAUAAUGUAAAUGCUCUCAUGUCACCCCUGUAUUAUUUUUCACAUAUAAGAUAAAUUAGCUAAGAAUUUAUUAUAAUAGCUAUAAUGCACUGAAAUAGAAAAAUAUUUACCGGCAAACCGAGUCAAUAAGCAAUUUUCCUAAAGAAAUAUUUGGAUUAAUUGGUGGUAAAAAGAUUUUGUCUUCAUACUUCCAUCUGAUCCAUUGUUCUUUUUCUUCUCUAGAGGAAUCUGAAGUCGGUUUUUGCUUCCCAUUUAAACAAUAUUCCCAAACACUAUUCGCUAUGUCGUUACCGAGAGCUAACAUUACGCUUAAUUGACCUGCGCUAAAGGUAAUAACAGCUAUUUUAUACUAUAAAACAAUAC